UCAAUGGUCAACUUUCCUCGCGGGGUCACCCCCAUUAGGACAGUGGGAGGGCUAAUUCAGAAGUCAUAUGUGGUGCUAGAUGUCCAACAUUUAACACGAAGUGACCUAAAGCUGUAACCAUCUGCAAAACAACAGCAGGUUAAAAAGCUUUGUGGUUGUGAUGCUAUACAGUGAUUUAGAUUUUACCUUAACAGUUAUAAUACUGAAUAUUGUUAAAAGGUUAAUCAAAGGGUAAUACAGCACAAGACAAUCUCUUUGGAAAGUGAUUAGUUAUGUUAGUACCAUGACAGCGUCUCAAUGACAGGGCAGUGAAAACAUGUCUGAUAUAUUUUUACACGAGACUGAAAAAACUCAAAAACUUGAUUUUUGCUACGUUAUAUUCUAGAAAAAGCACUUUAUACCCAUGUUUUUGUUUGAAAAUGAAGACAUCAAUUUAUUACCGAAAAGCGUAAACUGCUUUUUGGAAAGAGUUAAAGAGCAAGUCACCCCUACCAUAGUCUUACUCCACUCCCACUUCCUGUUUGAAAAAUGCAACAAAUGUUGCUGCCUGGCAGACCGAGAGGGCGGAGCAUACACACACAGGCUCAUAAUGACAUUGUGACAUCAUAACGUUCCAGCUAACGCCCUAGUGUGCCUCUUAGCCAAUAGCGAUGGCAGAUUUGAAUUCAAAUGCAAUGCAGAGUUUUUACCUGAAGACGGCGCAACACUGACAGUUUUUGGCAGAAUAUUUAAAUGUUAACUAAAAUGCACUAAAGUGCCAAAUUAUUUACUACAUACAUCACGAUUAGACACUCAUUUAUAUAGUUCAUCAGUAAAGAAAAGUUGCUUUGGGGUGACUUGCUCUUUAAUAACUGUCAAUCAUUUGUAUCUAACGAGUGUUUCUCUUAAGUGGGGCCUUGUACAGACAAACGUAAUGUGAGAUACAGAAACUCUGAGGACUAGACAACUAAACAAUGUUUGAUUGAACUGUCGUAUUUUACGUCAACUUUAUUUUCUAUUUUUCAGAGGAGUUCCCCGGCCAGGAGCUGACCACGGCCCAGACAAUGGAGCACCCAUGGACGUAAUUUUUUUUUGGGGGGGGGGGGGACAUGUCCCCCCCACUUUUUCCAAAGUCAAGUUUUGACCCCUGCACUUUUUACCAUCCAAAAACAAUAUUACGAUAUGUUAAAUUGACACUGGUUGAGCUCUAGGACCAAGCAGAAAACAACCGUUUGUGUUGACGCCUGUUUCCCAUUAGAGCAUACUGUAAAGUUACCCCCCCCCCCCCCCGUGUCCCCCCCACUUCUAAAGUGAAAAUUACGUCCAUGGGAGCACCACUGAGGCCCCUCUUACUGACAAGGAUGUUGAAUUUUGAUUCUGCAGUGAUUAAAUGCCAUGUAUGUAUAUGUUUGAUCAUUUUUGGCGUUACUAUUUAGAUUCCCUUCACAUUUCAAAUGUAAUGGACAUCAUUUUGUCCGCUCUGCACUACAAAUUAUUUUUUAAAAUGAUGUUUGGUUUAAAAAGCUGCUGGUUACCAGCCUGGUCAAAAUAACAACUUUGAAUCAAAGUUAUGGAAUAAAAUUAAAUUAGAAAAACUAAAGCUUUACUUGAUUUCUGUAAAUGUGGACUCUAAUAGUAUGUAAAUGUUUGGUUUUCACCCGUGGAGCUCCACACGGAUCUCCACAGGAUCACAAACCAGAACCUGCAACAGUCCUGUUCUUGGCUGGACCAGUAGUCACCUCAACGUCUGAGGCUCUACAAAAACAAGGUGCUGAAAAAACUCAUGAAGACUAUGAAGCAUUUUUACCUGUUCUUCAAAAGUCAGAACAGCGCCCAUGGCUGAGUUUCCACUGCACCUGAAGGACACGGACAUCUGUAACACCCACGAGGAGGAGUUGGAAGCAGCUGUAAAUGAAGAUGUUCCUUCUGGACUUCCCUUUGAGUGUCUCCAUGAGUCCUUUAUCCUUGAGGACCAGAUAGUAAUGUUCCACAGGUCCACUAGUGAUUGGGUUUGGACUGAUGCAUGAUCUUUAUAUAAGCAACCCUAAAAAGCUCAUUUGAUCCAUGUUUUCAUUUUAAACCUAAAUGCUGGAACAGCAUAGCCUGGCAAGCCAGACUAAAUAAAUGUAUUAUAAUAUAUAUUAUAAUAUUAAUGUAAUAAUAAAUGCAUUAUUUAGUCUGGCAACGCUCCAUUGACGGCUCUCGGUUGUGGGGCGGGUUCUACCGUUGUCUUUCAAAUGAUCUCCGCAUGCUAUUGGACAGUGAAUGUGACAUACUCACUGCAACAGCUAUCGGUAAAUGUGGCGGUCAGCAGUUGAAAAAGGAGAAUGCAUCAUUUUUUUCUUUAAAAAAAAGCACUUAAAUACAUCUAUCUGCUCCUGAUUCCAAUGAAGCCCAAGUUCUAAUAGACCAGCUGUCGCCAUCUUGUUUCACUCUGUUGCAUCAUCCCACCCACCAGGCACAUAGAGUGCCCUGAUUGGCCCACAAAGCGGAUAAAGCUCUGUGAUUUGUUCACUAAGCAGAUAGAGCACUAUGAUUGGCCCACCAUUAUGGACCAGUCACAGCUCUUUGUGUGUUUGAAACCCCUCUAGAGAGCUGCGAUUGGCCAGGGAGAAUGCUGUUAGGGGCUGCAGAGGUUCCAGUGGAGCGUUCCUUGACCAAACUUUGCAAAGCAAGAAUUUGGUCCAGUUCACUAGGCUAGCAACAACAACUUCAACCUGAGCUGCAGGCUCUCAGAAAAGGAUUCAAAUAUUGUCUUACUGACAUUCGUGUUCCCAGUUGUUUUGCCUGUAUGCACAAACAAAGGUCAUUUCUAUGUAAAAUUGGCUUUUUCUUUAGUAUGUGUUUUGUUAAUUUUGUGUUUAGAGAGCAAGUCACUCCAAAUAAACUUUUUUUUGCUGAUAAACUACAUAAAUGAGUGUCUGAUUGUGCUGCAGACAAAUGUAGUCAAUAAUUUGGCAUUUUAGUCCAUCUUAGUUAAAAUUUAAAAAUUCUGCCUAAAACUCAGAGAUGCACCAUCGUCAGGCAAAAACUCAGCACUGCAUUUGAAUUGAAAUCUGCCGUCGCUAUUGGCUAAGAGGUACACUUUGAUGUUAGAUGGUACAUUAUGGUGUCACAAUGUUGUGAGUGUGUGUAUUUGUUAGCGGCUCCACCCUCUCAGUCUGCUAGGCAACAGCAUUUGUUGCAUUUUUCAAACAGGAAGUGGGAGUUGAGUAAGAAUCUGGUUGUGGGUGACUUGCUCUUUAAGUCGACUGUUUAAAACUGGCCUGCCCAGUGAUCUGAAUCUGUGUGUUCUCUGGCCCUUACCUCCCUUACUGUGGCAUUAAUAUUGUCUUUUGACAAGGAAUACAUGUGGUUUAUUUUUAGUACACAAGUUAUACGUUUUAGUGAGAAGGUUUAAUUAUGUUUAUGAAGACGUUUUUGUUCAGGUCUGGUAAUAAACUACCGUAUGUUGUCUAUGAUUUUUGUCCUGUAUGAAUGAAUGAAUGAAUCUUUAGUGACCAGGCAGCCAAGCUGUGGAAUGUGCUGCAGUUUAGCGGUUAAUGCAGUAAAUGCAGGUUCCAAAAAGAAAAAGAAAUGCAUUUGUACAGACAAGACAACAGACAGACAUACAAAUAAUAGAACAGCUGACAUCACAGCAUGACCUUCCUGAACUAGUGUCGGACAUUACCAGUACUGCGUUCUUCCAGCUCGUAAACUUGUGGAUUCAAGUUUCUUCAUUUGAGUUGAUUUGGUAAAGUCUUACUAGAGAAAGAAGUGAAAGUUAAAAUAACUUAAUUUAAACAUAAAUAACCUUUUAAAAACACUUUAUAUGAGUGGAGAAAAAGAAAGGUUUAAGUAGAGCUAAUGCAUGAAACUGAGUUACACAUUUGGACCUUUAAGGGUGCUUUACAGAAAGAGACAAUAGUUGGUUGGAACUGGAAUUUGUUUCUGUUUAUUGCCAUAAAAAGCAUUUAUGAGACGUAAGCCAGAAGCUGAAGGCAAGUAACUGUUCAGGUUUCUGUUAUUUAGUGGAAAUAUUCAGUUCUGAUGAACUGACUCAACUGGGAUGGACAUCAGAGCCACCUGGGCAGUGGAAUGCAUUUUCAUUCCCAGUAGCUCCUGGGAAGAGCGUGCCUGUGCUCCAGGCCUGUGGGAAAAGACAGAACAGAAGCAUCUUGAGCCACUGGAUGGAGCGUAAAGAAGCCCAUUAUUUACUGAUGGACGUCAAAAUGGACCAAGAGGAGGAGGAAUCUGCUCCGCUUAGCCCCCUCAGAGUGUACCUUUUCAACACGGACACGCCGAUGAGUCGAUUUCAGACAGGCCGGUCUGACCUGGACCUCUACAUCUCCAAACCCUUCUCUAGAUCAGCUACUCUACUCCAGGUGAUCGAACACCUGAACCUCAGAAGGGCCCUGAGUCUGGGUCCGGUCACACGCAGAGGCUUCCAGGUUGCUUUCUCCUACACAGGAACAUGUGUGAUUCUGACCUCCUUCAGACUGUUCCACAGAAGGUGUCCAAGCAUUUCGUCUAACCUGACCUUCUUUGGAGCUGCGGCGGCCGGCUCAGAGUCCGUAUCUGGCUCCUGUGUUGAGAGGGCCGCUGUGGUGUCCCCACCUAAAAGAGGGUGUAAUGAGGAUGGGGUGUGGGGGUCCCUGGAAGGUGGGUGCACUUGUGAAGAUGGGCAUGAAGAGAUGGAUAACACCUGUAGAGCCUGUGGCAUUGGAUACUACAAACCAGCCAGUGGCGGAGCGGGAUGCCAGCUUUGUCCACCAAACACCAGGACCCAGAAUCUGGGAUCAAAAAUUUGUGAGUGUCUGCAGGGAUUCAGCCGCCUACCAUCUGAUCCUCAUGACCUCGGAUGCACCAGACUGCCCUCUGCUCCCAUCAACCUCACAGCUGCUCUCCAUAAUGAUUCCACCCUGAAGGUGUCAUGGGACCCUCCUCGUGACUGGGGAGGCAGGAGGGACAUCAGGUAUCGGCUCAGGUGUCAGAAGGAAGCAGAGGCUGCUGGUCAGUGGGAGGGAUGUGGAGACGGUGUGGUUUUCCAGCCACAUUCGGAUGAUCUAGCAAACACAUCCGUCAUCAUCGUGGGCCUGAACCCCUGGCGUGACUACAGACUGUCAGUGGAGGCCUGGAAUGACAUCUCCACCCUUCAGGGGGUCCAUCACCCAGCGUCAGCCACUGUCGGUAUUCACAGACGGAAAACCCCUCUUCCCACUGCUGGUCCCACAUUCACCACCUCAGGUCCUACUGAGUCCCCACACACUAGUCAUUUAUCGUCGUGGAUCACUGCUGUCGUGUUGGGCACACUGCUGCUGAUGGUGGUCAUACUUACUGCAGGAUGUGUGGUGUACAACAACCGCAGCAAACUCAGGUCGUACCAGGAAGUGGAACUUUUGCCGGUGACUUUGUCCUACAGAGAACAUCAGGCAGUAGAGGCUGGACCCCAGCAGGACAACAGCUCCUCAGGUCCUGGUUCUGACCCAGAGGGGGGGCUCCAGCUGCUCGAGGAGCUGGGUGGCAGGUUGCUGGACAGUCUGAAGGAGGUCCUGAUUGACAGACACCAGCUGACCCUGGGCAAAGAGCUGGGUAAAGGAGAGUUUGGCUCGGUGUAUGAAGGGCUCUACACAUCAGAGGAAGGAGUCCACGUUAGGGUGGCAGUGAAGACAAUGAAAGUUGGGAUCCACACACUGGAGGACCUUCAGGAUUUCUUGAAAGAGGCUGAAAUCAUGAGAAACUUUGACCACAAAAAUGUCAUCAAACUUCAGGGCAUUUCCUUACAAAGAAGACAGGAGUCUCCUCUGCCUGUGCCUUUGGUCAUCCUACCAUACAUGAAACAUGGAGACUUGCGUCGCUUCCUUAUUGCUACUCGAUAUGAUGACAUUCCCAUGUUUGUCCCCCACCAGACGCUCCUGAGAUUCAUGAUUGACAUUGCUGCAGGAAUGGACUAUUUAAGCUCUCAAGGGUUCCUGCACAGAGACUUGGCUGCUCGAAACUGCAUGUUGGGUGAUGAUCUUAAGGUUUGUGUAGCUGAUUUUGGCUUGUCCAAAAAAAUCUUCAGCAGCAAUUACUAUCGCCAGCAAGUAGCAAUCCGUAUGCCAAUCAAGUGGAUGGCCAUGGAAAGCCUGUCUGAGUCCAUUUACACAGCCAAAAGUGAUGUGUGGUCAUUCGGAGUAACUAUGUGGGAGAUUGUGUCCAGAGGAAAGAGUCCAUAUCCUGGUGUCCACAACCACGAGCUGCUGGACCUGCUGUCGUCUGGACUCAGACUCAAACCACCCGAGGACUGUGAUCAAAAACUAUAUGAAGUCAUGCACAGCUGCUGGAGUUCAGAUCCAAACCUGAGGCCCAACUUCAGGGAUUUAGUGGGAACACUGGAACACCUUCUGUCUGAGCUACCAGUCCUGGAGGCCUGUCAGGAAGCUCUGUACAUCAACCAGGGCUUAGAAGCUGCUGAAGCUGCAGGUGCAUCCCUGGAUCUUGGGAUGGACUUUGGAGGAAGGCUGGAAAACAUCUACCUGCCCUCUCCCGGUCACGAGGGGAUGGUGCCUAUCUCCGGCAGUUUCGGGCAAACAGGCGGGGUACACCCUGGACAGGUUGCCAUCUCAGGGCAACACAGAGGCACACAGGACAAACAACCAUGCACACACACUUAUAUACCUAAGGACAAUUUAGAGGGACCAAUCAACCUGACAGUCAUUUUUUGGACUGUGGGAGGAAGCCGGAGCACCUGGAGAGAAGCCACGCAUGCACAGGUAGAGCAAACUCCAUGCAGAAAGACCCCAUGCCGGGAUUCAAACCCAGGACCUUCUUGUUACGUGAUAACAGUGCAAACCACUGUCUUACUGUGCAGCCCUGAUCUAGUUCUAGUUACCGUAAUUUCCGGACUAUAGAGCGCACCUCAAUAUAAGCCGCACCAACAACAAAAAAAAAGGUUUCUACACACACGCCGCACUCAAAUACAAGCCGCGGCGCAGCAGCCACAUGCAGGUCUCUGGUGCACGGCGCAUGUACGGCCACAACAUAAGAUAAUUAGACAGAAAGAUGCUACACGGAGGUUUUUCGUUGUUGUUUUAAUUCAACAAAACAAAUUUUAACACGGGUGAACGUGCCUGCAAGUUUAGAAAAGAGAACAGCACUGAUAGCAUUCACAUUUCUGGAUGGUUAUAAAAUAAAAACAGCACUGACACGUUAUUACCGGUAAUUUGCAUGUUUAGAAGAAAAGAACAGCGCUGACACAGCAUUAAUAAGCCCUGGAUGAUUAGAAAAUAACAACUGCACACAACACAUGCCUGGUUAGUAAAUAAAACACACUUGUCUACCAGAAGAAGUCAUUCGCUCUCAUCUUCCUCUUGCGCACUAAAGCCAGUAAAGUCCUCUUCUUCAGUGUCGGAGUUGAACAGCCUCAGAAGAGCUUCGUCACAUACCUUUUCUGUGGCGAUGUCAGUGUCGCUGUCCGUGUUGCUGUCGUCAUCCCCGGGUGAAGCUGGCUUGAAUGAGUUCUUCCCGCUGCCGUCUCCAGCGCCGAACCAUGGAUUCAUUCAUGCCAAGCUUAUGUGCGGCAGCACUGUUUCCCUCCUUUACUGCCAGAUCCAUGGCCUUCAGCUUAAAUGCGGCAUCAUAUGAACUCAUACGUGUAGUUACCAUGAUGAGGGGGUAUGGAUUUGAAAAAAGUUCUUCGUGGUGCCGGCUGCUUGCAUGUGCUAAAUUAAAAUGAGCACUUUCUUCGAUUUCCACUUUUGACUUCCACCUGUUUCACUUUCUGCUAAAGCGCCCCCUAGUGGCAGGUGAAGGAAAAUCUUCAGUAAAGCCGCACCUCAUUAUAAGCUGCACGGUUCAAAGCGUGGGAAAAAAGUAGCGGCUUAUAGUCCGGAAAAUACGGUAAAAGUUUAACGAAGGUCAGUUCAUUUGGGGUUAGGGGUUUUAUCCACAUGAAUUUGUGAAGUUUGUCUGUUACAUUUUAUUUGUAGAUUAACGCAGAUGCUACCUAAUAAAAUCUAAUUUCUGUCAUAA